CAUUUUUGUUGGUUUGUUUCAUACCAUUUUUCUUUUUCGUUUUUCCUUCACUUAUCCAAACAUAUAUACAAUACUAUCGAAGAUCAAAGUAAACCAGAAUUUGACCAAGUUUAUAUAAUAUCUACAUGCAUAUGUAUAGAUAAGGAAGAUGGAAGAGCAGAAUAUUAGUAGUAAUAAUGUUGAUAUAGAAAGUGAAGGAGUUGGAGGUGGAGGGAAGAUAUCUCGAAAUGGAUCGGUCAUUGAUCAAGAAAGUAUGAUGAUGUCUUCUUCUUCUAUGAAUGUAAGAGAACCCCUCCUUCUGAAAAGCAGAAUCAAUACGACGUCGCAGAUUGCUAUUGUUGGAGCUAAUAUUUGUCCUAUCGAAUCCCUUGAUUACGAAAUUGUAGAGAAUGAUCUUUUCAAACAAGAUUGGAGAUCCAGGAAGAAGGUGCAGAUAUUUCAGUAUGUUGUGCUGAAAUGGACACUGGUACUUCUUAUAGGAUUAGCUACAGGACUAGUCGCCUUUUUUAACAAUAUUGCAGUAGAAAACAUUGCUGGUUUCAAGCUUCUUCUCACUAGCAAUCUUAUGAUUAAGCAAAGUUAUUACAAGGCAUUUGCUGCAUUGGCUGGUUGUAAUGUGGUUCUUGCAACUUGUGCUGCAGUUCUUUGUGCGUAUAUCGCACCUGCAGCUGCUGGUUCUGGAAUACCUGAGGUUAAAGCUUACCUUAAUGGUGUAGAUGCGCAUUCUAUUUUGGCUCCUAGUACUCUCUUUGUGAAGAUAUUUGGAUCAAUUUUUGGAGUCGCUGCUGGAUUUGUUGUUGGAAAGGAAGGACCAAUGGUUCACACUGGGGCUUGUAUAGCUAACUUACUUGGACAGGGAGGUUCUCGUAAGUACCAUCUGACCUGGAAAUGGCUUAGAUAUUUCAAAAAUGAUAGGGACCGAAGGGAUUUGAUCACAUGUGGUGCUGCUGCCGGUGUUGCUGCUGCAUUUCGUGCCCCAGUUGGUGGAGUCCUCUUUGCCCUUGAAGAAGCAGCAUCAUGGUGGCGGAGUGCUCUUCUUUGGAGAACAUUUUUCACUACUGCUGUAGUAGCUGUAGUUUUAAAAUCUCUCAUAGAAUAUUGUAAAAACGAAUCAUGUGGAUUAUUUGGAGAAGGAGGCCUCAUCAUGUUCGAUAUCAAUAAUUCGAUACCUGCUUAUAACACCACCGAUCUUCUGGCCAUUGUGCUACUUGGAGUUAUUGGAGGAAUUUUUGGAAGCAUCUACAAUUAUCUUGUUGACAAAGUCUUGCGUACUUAUAGCAUCAUUAAUGAGAGAGGUCCUGGAUUUAGGGUGCUUCUGGUCAUUAUCAUAUCGAUCUUAACUUCUUGCUGUGCCUUUGGUGUUCCCUGGCUCGCCAAGUGCAUCCCGUGCCCUGCUCAUUUAAAGGAAGAAUGUCCAACCAAAGGCCGUUCAGGGAGCUACAAAAGCUUUCAAUGUCCUGAUGGUCAUUAUAACGAUCUGGCUUCACUUUUGCUCACCACCAAUGAUGAUGCCAUUCGAAGCUUAUUCAGUUCUCUAAAUACAAAUGAGUUUCGCAUAUCGAGUCUUGUUUUCUUCUUUUUCGCCAUGUACUUCCUUGGUAUUAUAACAUAUGGAAUUGCAAUUCCUUCUGGGCUUUUUAUACCCGUCAUAUUAGCUGGGGCAUCUUACGGGCGGCUCGUUGGGAGGAUGCUUAGUCCCAUUGCAAAUCUGGAUGUCGGCCUUUUUGCCUUACUUGGUGCUGCCUCAUUCCUUGGCGGCACGAUGAGAAUGACAGUAUCCUUAUGUGUUAUUCUUCUUGAACUCACUAAUAAUCUCCUAAUGCUUCCAUUGAUGAUGCUCGUUCUCCUUAUUUCAAAAACCGUGGCUGAUUGUUUCAAUAAAGGAGUGUAUGACCAAAUUGUGAUAAUGAAAGGGUUACCAUUUCUAGAGGCCCAUGCUGAACCUUAUAUGAGGCAUUUGGUUGCGGGUGAUGUCGUUUCUGGGCCUUUGAUAACUUUUUCGGGUGUCGAGAAAGUUGGUAAUAUACUACAUUCUUUAAGGAUGACAUCACAUAAUGGUUUUCCAGUAAUUGAUGAACCACCAAUUACCGAUGCUCCAGAAUUAUGUGGGAUUGUUUUGAGGUCUCAUUUGCUUGUUCUGCUUAAAGGGAAGGUGUUCACAAAACAUAGGCGCUUGAGUGGAGCUCAAACAUUAGAAAGAUAUCAUGCAUUUGAUUUUGCGAAGGCAGGAUCUGGAAAAGGGUUGAAGCUUGAGGAUCUGGAGAUUGAUCCCGAGGAGAUGGAGAUGUAUGUUGACCUUCAUCCUAUUACUAAUACAUCCCCAUAUACGGUGGUGGAGACCAUGUCUCUGGCGAAAGCUGCAGUUGCAUUUAGGGAACUUGGACUUCGGCACUUGUGUGUGGUUCCAAAGACUCCAGGGAGGCCGCCAAUAGUUGGAAUUUUGACCAGGCAUGAUUUCAUGCCAGAACACAUUUUGGGACUCUACCCGCACAUCGACCCACACAAAUAUAGGUGAAAUUGACACCAUAUAAAAGUGUUGUGUAUUAUUUGGUUUCGACAAGCGUCGAAUGCCAACUUUCAACAUAAGGGUAACUCCAUGAAGGUUAAAAUUUGUUUUGGAUCUUAGCAUGAUAUUAUUCUUUAGUGAGUGAAAAGAUAAGCAUUUGGACAGUUUGGCUUUUGCUUGGUUUGAAAUUUCUUCUGAGGGAGCCAAAGGAAAAAAGUACAGAUGUUGUUUGAAGAGUUCAUAGAGUGAAGAUGGGCAUUGUUUUUUAUUUUCUUGUAAGAACACAAAUAUAAUUUACUAUGUUAAUAUAUGUUGUGUUUGUGCAA